AGCCGGCCGCGUGGUGCAGGCGCCACACUAGGUCGGCGCGCGUCGGUGACGUCACGGCUGGCGCCGCUUACGAGCUCCCAGCGCCUGUGACCCCAGCUGAGUCGAGGGUGACUUGGCCGCAAGUUCCGCCACAAGCUUACCGCCGCGAACUUUGACGGGAGAACCUGUGGUGGUUGAGGCCUGCUGAAGUGGAGAGAAGUAAAGAGUGAGCGACGCCUGAAGGAGACGUCAUCAGAGCGCAUCGGAAGCGGCGCGAGAAUGAAGAGUGUGGUCUACCAUGCUCUUUCUCAGAAAGAGGCGAAAGAGUUUGAUAUUCAGCACCCAGGAGCCCAGCGGGCUGAAGCCUUUGUGACAGCAUUCCUGAAACGCAGCCUGCCUCACAUGAGCCAGCAAGCACGUGAGGACCAGCUGCAACGCAAGGCUGUUAUUCUGGAGUACUUCACUCGCCGGAAGCGAAAAGAAAAGAAAAAGAAAUCCAAAGGCCUCUCUGCCAGGCAGAGAAGGGAACUGCGACUCUUUGACAUUAAACCAGAGCAGCAGAGAUACAGUCUUUUUCUCCCUCUACAUGAACUCUGGAAACAGUACAUCCGGGACCUGUGCAAUGGUCUCAAGCCAGACACGCAGCCACAGAUGAUUCAGGCCAAGCUGCUAAAGGCAGAUCUUCAUGGUGCUAUUGUUUCAGGAAUCCUUCUACAGGAAACAAAGUAUGUUUUCAAGAUUAUCACCAAAGAAGACCGCCUGAAAGUUAUCCCCAAGCUAAACUGUGUGUUCACUGUGGAAAUUGAUGGCUUUAUUUCCUACAUUUAUGGGAGCAAAUUCCAGCUUCGGUCAAGUGAGCGGUCUGCAAAGAAGUUCAAAGCAAAGGGAACGAUUGACCUGUGAGCUCUUGCUGCCUCCCACAGUUGUUUUAGACUCUGCCCACACUGGAGAUACCCUGAAUACCCACCUUUCAGUGAAGACAUGGUCAAGCCAGUUCUGCUUAUGAACUACUUCCAACCGGUAAAAUCAGAGUUAAGGACAUUAAAUCAUCUGGGAAGAAACACACUGUACUGAGUCAGGAAGUCAGGGAACAGAGCCAUGUGUAUAUAUAAGUGAUCCUUAUUGUGUAUUAUGCCCGUGGAGAGGAAAGGCUAGCAGAAAUCACCAUGCUUAAGAGGCUGACUUGACUUCUGGGAUUAUUAGGUUUUUAUUUCUUUUUCAUACUUUACUGAGUUUUCUGAAUGUUCUAUGGUGAAUCAGUUGUUUAUGUAUUAAUAAAAUACACAUGUAGGCAGAAACAGA